CCGGCGGUGCCCCGGGCGCGCUCACACACGCGCUCACACACACACAUACACACGGCCUCGUACACACUCACACACGCUCCGGCGCGCACACGCGGCGCGCAGGCCAGAGGGAGGAGGCUCGGCGCGGCUCGGCGGCGGCGGCAGCGUGCUCGGCGGGCGGGCGGGAGGGGCUGGCGGGCGGCCCCCGCUCCCCGGCUCCGCGGCUCGGUGCAGCCAGUGCGGCCCCCGCCCUCGGACCCGCCCCCGGGGGUCGCCCAGCCCCAUGCCCUGCAGCGGCGGCGGAGCAACGCGCGGCCGCGGGCGGCUCUGAAGAGCCCGGAGGGAGCCGGAGACGAGGGGACCAUGUACCGGGACCCGGAGGCGGCCAGCCCAGGGGCGCCCACCCGCGAUGUCCUGCUGGUCUCUGCCAUCAUCACCGUCAGCCUUAGCGUCACUGUCGUCCUCUGCAGCCUCUGCCACUGGUGUCAGCGCAAACUGGGCAAACGCUACAAGAACUCCCUGGAGACGGUGGGCACGCCAGACUCAGGGCGUGGGCGCAGUGAGAAGAAGGCCAUCAACGAUCUAGACAGAGACUUUUGGAAUAACAAUGAGAGCACAGUGCAGCAGAAAUGGAGCUCCUACCCUCCCAAGGAGUUUAUUCUAAACAUUUCACCCUACGCCCCUUAUGGCGACCCACGACUGUCCCUCAAUGGCACCCUCCUGGCGAGCGCCAAAGUGGCCGCUGCAGCGGGGCUGGCGGUGGAGCGGGAAGGCCGGCUGGGGGAGAAGCCGGCGUCGGUGCCGCCACCCGGAGAGGACGCCUUGAGAAGCGGCGGGGCUGCCCCCAGCGAGCCGGGCAGCGGUGGCAAGGCGGGGAGAGGCCGCUGGCGGACGGUGCAGAGCCACCUGGCCGCCGGGAAGCUCAACUUGUCCAAUUUCGAGGACUCCACCCUGUCCACGGCCACUACCCUUGAGUCUAUCCCCAGCUCCACGGGAGAGCCGAAAUGCCAGCGACCCCGCACCCUGAUGCGGCAGCAGAGCCUGCAGCAGCCGCUGAGCCAGCACCAGCGGGGCCGGCAGCCCAGCCAGCCCACCACCAGCCAGAGCCUGGGCCAGCUGCAGGCCCACGCGGCCUCGGGGCCAGGCCCCAACCCCCGGGCCUAUGGCCGGGGCCAGGCUCGGCAGGGCUCCUCGGCCGGCUCCAAGUACCGGCCGGCCGGCGGCCGCAGCCGCUCCAACCCGGGCAGCUGGGACCACGUGGUGGGGCAGAUUCGAAACCGAGGCUUGGACAUGAAAUCCUUCCUGGAAGGCCGGAUGGUGGUGCUAUCCUUGGUCUUAGGGCUUUCGGAACAGGAUGACUUUGCCAAUAUCCCUGAUCUGCAAAACCCAGGAACCCAGCAGAACCAGAACGCUCAGGGGGACAAGAGGUUGCCCGCAGGAGGGAAGGCAGUGAACACAGCCCCGGUGCCAGGCCAGACGCCCCACGAUGAGUCUGACCGCCGGACCGAGCCUCGCUCCUCCGUCUCGGACCUCGUCAACUCCCUCACCAGUGAGAUGCUCAUGCUCUCCCCAGGCUCCGAGGAGGACGAGGCGCACGAGGGCUGCAGCCGAGAGAACCUGGGCCGGAUCCAGUUCAGCGUCGGCUACAACUUCCAGGAGUCCACGCUCACCGUGAAAAUCAUGAAGGCCCAGGAGCUGCCAGCCAAGGACUUCAGUGGCACCAGCGACCCCUUCGUCAAGAUCUACCUGCUGCCAGACAAGAAGCACAAGCUGGAGACCAAGGUGAAGCGGAAGAACCUGAACCCCCACUGGAACGAGACCUUCCUCUUCGAAGGUUUCCCCUACGAGAAGGUGGUGCAGAGGGUCCUCUACCUCCAGGUCCUGGACUAUGACCGCUUCAGCCGCAACGACCCCAUCGGGGAGGUGUCCAUCCCCCUCAACAAGGUGGACCUGACCCAGAUGCAGACCUUCUGGAAGGAUCUGAAGCCAUGCAGCGAUGGGAGUGGGAGCCGAGGGGAGCUGCUCCUGUCUCUCUGCUACAACCCCUCUGCCAACUCCAUCAUCGUGAAUAUCAUCAAAGCCCGAAACCUCAAAGCCAUGGACAUCGGGGGCACGUCAGACCCCUACGUGAAGGUGUGGCUGAUGUACAAGGACAAGCGGGUGGAGAAGAAGAAGACGGUGACGAUGAAGAGGAACCUGAACCCCAUCUUCAAUGAGUCCUUUGCCUUCGACAUCCCCACGGAGAAGCUGAGGGAGACGACCAUCAUCAUCACGGUCAUGGACAAGGACAAGCUCAGCCGCAAUGACGUCAUCGGCAAGAUCUACCUGUCCUGGAAGAGUGGGCCCGGGGAGGUGAAACACUGGAAGGACAUGAUAGCCCGUCCCCGGCAGCCUGUGGCCCAGUGGCACCAGCUGAAGGCCUGAGUGGGGCCAAGGGAGGCCCAGGGGGCCAAGGGCCCGGGUCCCCAUCAUGCCCUCACCACUUUAUGCACAACACCCGGCCUGGCCCCCCUGCCAUGGGUCAGGGGAGGAUCCUGAGGGCUCAGCCAGGGAGGGGACCCAGGAACCAGUCGGGCCCCAUGGCUAGGGAGAACCAGCCCCAUCCCCCACCGGCCCAGCCCUGGGGGAGGGGCUCUGGAAGCCAUUUUCCUGCUUUGCCCCUUUCCUUCCUGACCCGCCGAUGCUAAAGAAGUGGGGGGCGGGAAGCACGAGAGCCAGACGGGCAGACGGGCAGAUCCCUCCAGAGGCCCGCCAGGUGGGCACCGUCCCCCGUUUUCUUUAAGGCAGUGCCUGGAGUGGAGAAAGGCCGCCCCCUCCCCAGCCCCAGGGUGGGCCCAGGAGGGGGGAGGUCGAGGCGUUUGGCCCCGGCUUGGCCAAGAGAGGCCCGUUCCAGGGCAGUUUCAGGGGCCGGCUGGGCCCUGAAUGCCGAGGAUAGUAUAUAGCCCGCUCCAGGGUCUUGGAGCCGCAGCCCUGUGUACUUGUGUUGUGUCCACAGUGUGUGUGUAUACGUGUGCGUGCGUGCGUGUGUGGGGGUGAGGAUACUCGCUCCCUGUUUCCCUGGGCCGGCAGUACUGAGGAGGAUGCAGAGAGGGCAGGGUUUCUGAGGUGAGGUCCGGCUGGAGGCUGGGAAGUCAAUACACAAAGCCAGCAGGUGGAGAGGAGAGGCAGCUGAGGGCUGAGCGGGGCUGGGAUGGAGGAAAGGUAGGCUCGACCCUGGAGGCGGGCUGAGAACUGGGCUGCCUCCUUCUGUCCCCACCCCGCCACCAGCGCCCCUCUCUGUGCUGAGAGCUCCCCACAAGCUCCUUCCCCAGCAAUUUCAUCUCUUGAACAUUGUUUCACACCAUUUAGGCACCUACUUUGUGUAUCAGAUUCCACCAAGGACUCCCCUGCUCCCUUCUGUCUCAGGGGUCCCAAGCCCCCCUAGCUCUCUUUCCUAAUCCCCUCAACCUUCCCACACAUCCGGAUCCCAGCCACGCUGGCAACCUUCUCCAUCCUUUCCAGCUCCCUCCCCUUCCUCCUCUCUCCGUGUCUGGACAGACCACCCCUCCCUCCCCACCCCACACAUCCCACACCCCUCCCUCCCCUCGUUCCUUGACCUUCCCCUCAUUCCAUCAUGGUCUCUGAUCUUCCAUCACUUGACCUCUUCUGGGGCUGUCCUCUGAUCCCCCCGCACCGCUCCUGGUCCCUCAGAGCAGCUCCUUCUGCCCCCUCAGUUCAGGUAGAGGAGGAAGCCAAGGAAGAUUCCAGAAUUCCAUGAGUUCUGAGGUUGCC